CCUUCACCCACUGAACAAGGCCAGAGAUUGAACCUGCAACCCCAUGGUUCUUAGUCCGAUUUGUUUCUGCUGCACCACAAUGGGAAUUCCUGUAUGUCUUCUUUAGAGAAAUGUUUAAAUUCUUUUACCAAAUUUUAGUUGGAUUAUCUAUAUUUUUCUUAUUUAAUUUCAAGAGUUCUUUAUACAUAUGUACCUGGAUAUAGAUAUACACAUUUCCAUGGGUUAUCUAAGACAGUGCUUUUGAUACUUAGAUUUGUUUUGUUUAAGGAUAGUCCAGGUUAGCAAAGCCCUCAAAGUGGGAAUGUAAACCAAUUCAAGGAGGCAUGGCUGGAGUUCCCAUUGUGGCUCAGUGGUUAACUAAUCUGACUAGCAUCCAUCAGGAUGCAGGUUCAGUCUCUGGCCUCGCUCAGUGGGUUAAGGAUCCAGCAUUGCCGUGAGCUGUGGUGUAGAUUGCAGAUGCAGCUCAGAUCCCAAGUUGCUGUGGCUGUGGUGUCGGCCCAUAGCUGUAGCUUCUGUUCUACCGCCUAACCUGUGAACCUCCAUAUGCGCGGGUGUGGCCCUAAAAAGCAAAAAGAAAGAAAAAAAAAAAGAGGCUUGGCUCAUCUGGCAAACAAAGAGAAGCAAAUUUCUAUGGUAUGCAUAUCAUCGAACUUUUGUCUCAAUUUCAGCUUUGUCUUUAUGGUGUAAAAUAACACACAGCAAAGCGUAGAGCUAAAGAGUAAACACUUGGCCAUCUCGUGUGAUAACACCAUGGUACAGGUCUGAGUUACUUGUGAUAAUGCUGUGGUACAAGGUAUGCUCUGUUCUUUAGUGUUUGUGAUAUUGCCUCUCGAACUAAUGAAACAACCCAACAGAAACCAAAAGAUUUAUUAGCUGGCUCCAUUACUUAGCCCUAUGACUUCAUCAAAUACCUUAGCCUCUCUGGAUAUAGAUGUUUCUCAUCUAUAAAAUGAGGGAAUUGAAAAUGAAGUUGAUAAGAUAAUCUUUAAGGUUCUUUCAAGCAUUAAUAUGUGAUUAUAUGACACAGUAAUACCAGUGACUUUCUACUUCUUCUUCCUGCCUCUAACAGGGAAGAAUUAUGCCUUGUUGAAAAAUCUUGGGCCCAAACAACUUUUCCUCAAAAGGAUUAGAGUUAGGUGCAUUUAGCAAGUGAAAAUCUGGGCGCAGGUAAAAAACUUAUUGUGGGAUAUAGCCAAGGCCUUCUAUGUGAAAUUGCCUUAUGGGUUAGGGGAGCGUGACAUAAGUGUCACCAGUGAGGUGGAACUAAAGGAUGAAAUAAUUUACAUACCUGUUGUGGGUGUGGUUAGAGGUAAAGGGACUAUAAGGAAUGAGUCCUUGGUUGCCUCCUUGGAAGUAUUCAGAAAUCAUUAGAGAAGCAAGCUGUCAGAGAUCAGUUGGGUCCAAAGGUGAAAUCAAAACCUAGACUACAAUAGUUAAGAAGAAAAUAGGACAUAAGAAAAGAAACAUCUGAAAAGGCAUAGCGCUUGUGAGGUAAGUACACUUUGUUUUAUUAAGUUUUCUUCUGGAAUUUUUUUUAAGUUUUCAGAGUACUGGAUGUUAUCAUUGGUUCCUGAGCCCAGCUGAGAUAAGUGCCAGAAAAUAAUUUAUUCUAUGUGAAAACAAGGAAGUUUGACACCUGUAAGCCAAACCAGAUAUGGAAGAAAAGUGGGGAACGGGUCUUUGAGAUUAAGGUACAUUUGCCAAAGUUUGGUAACUUUGAUUCCUACCAGACUGGAAAGCUACUUCAAGUUUUAUUUUUAUAUUUGACUGGCCUUCAUGAUGUUAUUUAAUCAGAUAUCAUUGUAAAUAAAGCACAUGUGAAAAGGAAAAAAAAAUUCUUUUAAAAAGAGUUACUAAAAGAAAAGCUUUAAAAUUUUAAUUCUACCCCAUCUUUCCCUUAUGAGUAUGGACCUUUGUCCCAUUUUAAAAUUACUCAUCAUACUCACUUAGAAAAUAGGGAGGUUUUAUCUUCAGUGUCUUCUUAGAGGUCCUUAAGAAAAAUAUCUUCCUUCAGGAGAUUAUUUGGUAUAAACAUAGAGCUUAAACUAUGUAAGGAAUUUUUAUAUUCCAAUGCUCUAUUUUUAAUCAUUACGUUAUAUCUUGAUAAUGUAUGAGCUAUUGAUAUCUUGAUUGCCUUGAUAGUUGAGCAGGAAAUACACCCCCAAAAUUAAGAGAGUCAAUAUAUUGGUGUAAAGAAUGUCAGGUCCUGAGGUUUUGUUGUGGAAGCAAGUUUAAGGCAUAGAGAAUCAAUCGCACCUACAUUCUGUUUAGUAUGAGUAUUGAACCUGUCAUGUCCGGCUUCUUGAGCAACUUCAUCAGCUUAGAAUCACAUGACAUGGAAAGAUCACCAAAUAGCAUAAUGUUAGAAUAUGCCCAGUUCAUUUUUACAAAUAUGUUUCCUGGACUGGACAUACAUCUGUUGGACAAAAAAGCAGCCUACCUGAGCAGAUUUACUUCACAGUAACAUAAGUGUGCCUGCUGCCAGCAGAACGAGCAAAAGAAACAUUAUGCAAAUUUACUCAAGAAUAGCUUCAGGGGAUGUGACACAGUUAUGGAAUGCUGGGUAGCAAUAGAAGUAGACUUAUAGCCAUAAGAUAAAGGGGUUUCAUUUUGUGGCAAGAUAUUAUUAGACUUAGGGCUACCAAAAGUAUUUUUAUGUAAGAGCAUAUGCCCCUUAGACUCAAGCUGAACAACACUGUAAUAGGUGAAGAGUAUACUUGGUUUGCAUAUACAGCUUGUUGAACAGGUAUGAUCCAGCAUUUUACUCCUUAAUGACUUAAUUUAGCAUGCUUUUAAAAAAUCUUAACUGUAUUAAGCACAAAGCAGGUUCGUCUUUGGCUGUGUAUAGCACUAUACAAAUUCCAUAUAUAACUUUUCACCAUAAGAAAACACAUUUCUUAAGAAAAGGUGCAGGGGAAUUUUGGAGAAGCAGGCAAUGGCUCCUCAGAUGAAGUUUACAGAGUAGGAUAAUCUAAAAGCAGCAGAAUCAGUAGCUGCUGAGUGAAAUUUGCACAAUCCCAGUUCCCUCUUAGUACUGCUAUCAUUUUUCCAUGUUCAUGAGCACCCAGUGAAUCUAUUUUAAAGUAUAAAGCUGGAAAUAAGCAAGCAUGGUCAAUUGAAAAUGUGAUUGAAUGUUUACCUUUUCUUAUGCCUGUGAUAAUGUAGUUUUUUUAUAAAACAAGAAAAUCUGCUUCAUUUAAUAGUUCUCAAAGGGCACUCUUUCUUUACAUAUGAGUUGUAUUGAUGCAUCUGUUUCUUUAAAAAUGGAGUGUUUCUUAGAUUGAACAUUGUACUAAAUCUGUUAAAAUAGGCUAUUACUCUACUAUGGGAAGGUCGUUUAGUAUCUUAGUUAUAUUUCUAAUUUUAUAGAGCAUUUAUAUAGUUAAUUCAGUCAGCCUUUUAAGAAAUAGAAUACUCCCUUUUGAAGUAUCUUGUUCCAUAACUUGAAAUUCAGCCUGUGUUAAAAAUUGUUCUGUGCUUUCUUACUUCCGUUUUUCCCCUUUUGGGACACAGACUUCCUUAGGGAGGAGGGAAAGAAAAGUGAAUUCUCACUUCAGCCAAUAGAACCUAGACUUAUAGAGUGUUUACCUAUUUUGCGUAACGCAGGCCCACCCACACACAUUAUGAGGUGCUUCAGUGAAAGAACACUGAGCAGACUGCUUUUCUGUGUGUGAUUCCAAGUAUAAUUGGAAGAUGCUUUGGUACUAUCUGGAUUUUAUCCUUUGGUGAGAAGGUUGUUGAUCUAGCAUGUGAUAGCAAUGGAAUAAAGAGGAAAUAAUGCAAAAGGUGUCCCAAGGCUCCUGACCAGUGAACAACGAUUUGAGAAAGACAGCCAAGCUCAUGUUUUCUCCUGAUCAAGAAAAUCAUCCAUCCAAAGCACCAGUAAAAUAUGGUGAACUCAUUGUCUUAGGGUAUAAUGGAUCUCUCCCAAACGGCGAUAGAGGAAGGAGGAAAAGUAGGUUUGCUUUGUUUAAAAGACCUAAGGCAAAUGGGGUGAAGCCCAGCACUGUGCAUAUCGCUUGUACUCCUCAGGCUGCAAAGGCAAUAAGCAACAAGGACCAGCAUAGUAUAUCAUAUACCUUAUCUCGGGCCCAGACAGUGGUGGUUGAAUAUACUCAUGACAGCAACACUGAUAUGUUUCAGAUUGGGCGGUCGACUGAAAGUCCCAUUGAUUUUGUAGUAACCGAUACAGUUCCUGGAAGUCAGAGUAAUUCUGAUACACAGUCAGUGCAAAGCACCAUAUCAAGAUUUGCCUGUAGAAUCAUAUGUGAACGGAAUCCCCCCUUUACAGCACGGAUUUAUGCUGCAGGAUUUGACUCAUCAAAAAACAUCUUUCUUGGGGAGAAGGCUGCCAAAUGGAAGACAUCAGAUGGACAGAUGGAUGGCUUGACCACUAAUGGUGUUCUUGUUAUGCAUCCACGCAAUGGGUUCACAGAAGACUCCAAGCCUGGAAUAUGGAGAGAAAUAUCAGUGUGUGGAAAUGUAUUCAGCCUGCGUGAAACCAGGUCAGCUCAGCAGAGAGGAAAAAUGGUGGAAAUUGAAACCAAUCAACUUCAAGAUGGCUCAUUAAUUGACCUCUGUGGUGCAACAUUGCUGUGGCGUACUGCAGAAGGCCUUUCCCACACUCCUACAGUGAAGCAUCUGGAAGCUUUAAGACAGGAAAUCAAUGCAGCACGACCUCAGUGCCCUGUAGGGUUCAACACACUAGCAUUUCCUAGUAUGAAGAGGAAAGAUGUCGUUGAUGAAAAACAACCAUGGGUGUAUCUAAACUGCGGCCAUGUGCAUGGCUAUCAUAACUGGGGAAACAAAGAAGAACGUGAUGGAAAAGAUCGUGAAUGUCCUAUGUGUAGGUCUGUUGGUCCCUAUGUCCCUCUGUGGCUUGGAUGUGAAGCUGGAUUUUAUGUGGACGCCGGCCCUCCAACCCAUGCGUUUAGCCCCUGUGGGCAUGUGUGUUCAGAGAAGACAACUGCCUAUUGGUCCCAGAUCCCGCUUCCUCAUGGUACUCACACUUUCCAUGCAGCCUGUCCCUUUUGUGCACAUCAGUUGGCUGGUGAACAAGGCUACAUCAGACUCAUUUUCCAAGGACCUCUGGACUAACAGACUCUUGUCCUCCAGGACUGCAUUAUAAAUUUAUAAGCUAAGUGAUUUGGGUUUUCCAACCUGUUGUCCACAUCACAAGUUUUUCUGCUCUGGUCAUUUGCAUUAAGAUGAAGAAUUUUUUUAAGCAUUUGUAAUAAACAGUAGCGAUUUCUGAGCAAAAAUCUGCGAAACUCAAGCAAAGGGAUUUCCGAAAAAGCAGACUUACGAAUUCUGAGUUUUGAAAAUAUAUUUUGAGGAGAAAAAAACAUAGUCUAAUUUGAUGCCUUCAUUUUAGUGUUUUUGAAUCACCCAUCCUCAGUGUUGAAAAAUUGUUUUGUAUAACUGAGGGUAUUGUUGGUUCAAACUAUGUUAGUUUACAGUUUGUUGCAAACAUUGUAAAAUACAGCAACAUGUAUAUUAACUUUUUUCUAUUUAUCUUUAUUAUAGAAACUAUCUUAGAAUGUUCUUUGUAGAGUAGCAUGGUGACGAUGGUCUCACACUCUUGGUGUGAAUGGUAGUUUAGCAAGCGUAGCUCAAGGAUUUGCAAGGUUAGGAAGACGGACAAGAGAGCCUCUCUCCCCACCCCCACUUAAGUAUGAAAUUUGGUAAGUUAGAAUACUUUGUAAAACCAAAUUCAUAUUAAUUACCAUUGUGUAAGAAGUGUUUGUUUUUAACCGCAUUGAAGAUAAUCGGGAAAGAUUUUUUUCCUUAAUGUUUCUCCCGAGUGUAGUACUAUAACAAAAAUUUAAUGCUAAGAAACAUUUUAUAUGCUCCUUUGAAUAUGCAAUUUAAUCUAGAUUAUCUAUUUUUCUCCCACAAUAACUAAUCUGUUUUUAGUAUUGGCAACAUUUGGCAAGUUUGUUUUUUAGAUAUAAACUGUGGUUCAUCUGUUCACUGUUUCUAGGGAAAAAAAAUCAUUCCCACGAGAAAAAGCAUAAAUUAACAAGGAGAGUGACUUGAUUUGCUUUAAAAAAAAAAAAUGCUUAAUUAAUUUACUGUCCUGUAUUUGGCUUUAUCCAGGUGUGAAGACAUUUAGAGAGAUAUAAAGGGUCAAAAGACGACAAUGCUCUUUUGUUUUUAAUCUAACAGACCAGCCUUAACUGUGGGCUUCAAUCCUAAUAGAGUUGCCACAGUGGGACUCAAGGAAAUGUAUGGUUGGCAGAUGAGCACCCGUGACAGCCAAGUGGAGGGACACACUUGCAUGGUCAGUUUAUUCUCUAAUUCCAAUAAGUUCUUUGCUUUCAGAAGCAAGAAAACAUUUCUUCUUUCUCCCCUCCCCCCCUUUUUUAAACACACCACCAGGAAAGUAUAGACAGUUGCACUACAUCAAACCCUUUGUGACACUUGUAGAAAUCAGUACCCUUUUAGAUUACACAGAAUCAUAUUUUUUAAUCUUUUGAUUUAUUUUCCUUUAGUUCAAAAAGUUGUAUAGUACUUAAUUGACUAGCAAAUUUUUGUAUAUGGUAGCAUAGCUUUAAUUUAUCCUAUUACAAUGCUGUUCUGAAUUUUCUUUAGUUUUUAAAAAAAUCAAAAUCUGUUGCUUAGAAGUCAUGAACUAUUUUAUUUUACUUCAACUUGUCAGAAUUUCCUUGUUUUUUCAAAAAAAAAAUGAUCAUUUGGGUUCACUCAGGAAAUGCAUGUCAGGAAACUUGUAUUAUAAGUUGACUAGUUGUGAUGUAUCAGUAACUGCUGUUACCCCUUUUUCAAAGAAAUAUAAUUGAUUUUGAAGUUUUCCAGAUUGUCACAUGCUUUGUGACUAAUGCAAGGAAAUCAAGUCCUGUGUUGUAUUUGUUCUAGUCAUUUCUAUUCUGGCUAUAUAUUGUAGCUAAUUUUUAUUUGCAAUUAAUUUAUUCAAACUAAGUAAAUACUUUUCAAAAUAGA